CACGCCAUCUCAUACUUUUCCAUACCACGUCAGAAAAAUUCUUCAACGAUGGUGGGGUUUGUACUGAGCGAUUAUCUUAUCAGAUACUUCCUUGUGGACCUUCGAGAAGCAAGUGUCCCCGUCGCCCAGGUCGCUUGGGGAUACUGGUGCCACUUAUCUAUGAAGUUUAUCAUACUGUCAGAUCAGAACUCUCUGAAGAUAAAUAAGUCCCCAGAGUCCCUUCCUGCAAGGACCAUGCAUGACCUUCUUCCUCAUUCGCCAUAUGCGACCUAAGGUGUUGUCGUCGACUCACCUUCUCACUUAUCUCUCUCUGGCAUCUUAAAAAUGGGCUUCUUUCAAAAGAAGUUCACAACCUCUGAGAGUCCCACCGUUCGUAAAGCGUCGGCGUCGGAUGUCCCUACCGACUCAGAAACGGACAGUCUGGAUUUGCCCGAUAAGAACGAGAAAGAAAUCCUACGCGAUCCCAACAAUGUCACCCAGCAUGCUCAGCUCGGUGUCAAGAAGGCUGAGGCCGUAGCCCUCGUAUGGCCCAAGUGGGCCGUAUACGCGACUUACGGCUGGAUCUGGGUGGCCUUUUUCAUGCUUGCCCUGCAGCAAGGAACGACCACCCUCUUUAAUGCCGCUGCCUACGCCGACUUCGUAGCUGCUCCUCAACUCACCACAGCCGCGAUUCUGGCCAGCAUUAUCGGAGGUGUCUUGAAGCUACCUAUCGCCAAGAUCCUCAACAUCUGGGGUCGUGCCGAAGGCUUCUUUCUCUUCGUCUGUGUCUACCUCCUGGGCAUGAUCAUCCUGGCGUCCUGCAAAGGCCCUAGUGGCUAUGCCGCGGGCUACACGCUCUACUGGAUUGGCUACGAUGCCAUCUACCUUAUCAUGGACGUCUUCGUGGCCGACACUUCUGGUCUUCGCAACCGAGCCUUUGCUUUCGCUUUUGUGGGCACGCCGUUCAUCUGCACCGCGUUCACCGCUCCAUUGCUCGGCCAGGCGUUCUUGAACACGACCACAUGGAGAUGGGGCUAUGGCGCCUUCAUCAUCAUCAUGUUCUUCGUCUUCAUGCCCCUGGUUCUUGUGUUCAAGUUCUACCAACGCAAGGCUGAAAAGAUGGGUCUCUUCAAGAAAGAGGCAAGCGGCCGAAACGCCUUCCAGUCGUUCAUGCACUACUUCCACGAAUUCGACAUCGUUGGGUGCAUCCUUUUAAUGGCCGCCUUCGUCCUUGUCCUGCUGCCGUUCUCGCUGAGCAGCUACGGCAAGGCGCAGUAUAGUUCGGGCAAAUUCAUCGGCAUGGUUGUCGUAGGCUUUCUUCUCUUCCCAAUCUUCGCCAUCUGGGAGAAAUUCUUCGCCAGAACGCAUUUCGUCCGGUGGGAGUUGUUCAGACAGCGCACCGUCCUGGGCGCCUGCUGCCUCGCGGCCGUCCUCUACUUCUCCUUCUACUGCUGGGACAUCUACUACUACUCGUUCAUCCUGGUCGUAUACAACCUCAACUACUCCCAGGCCGGGUACAUGACGGAGAUAUACAACGUCGGCUCGUGCUUCUGGGGCGUCGUCUUCGGCGUCUGGGUCCGCGCCACGAAGCACUUCAAAUACACUUGUCUAUUCUUCGGUCUUCCGUUGAUGUUCCUAGGAGCCGGUCUGAUGGUCCACUUCCGCAGCAACGAGUAUGGUAUCGGAUAUCUCGUCAUGUGCCAGAUCUUCAUCGCCUUCGCUGGUGGCACUCUCGUUAUCGGCGAGGACAUGGCUGUCAUGGCUUCUGCGGAUCGAGACGGCGUGCCGAUGAUGCUGUCGCUGAUCAGUCUGUGCUCGAGCAUUGGUGGAGCCAUUGGCUACGCCGUCACUGCUGCCAUCUACGAUAACACGUUCGCCAACGCGCUCUUGAAGGCGCUCCCCGAGAGUGCCAAAGCUGACUACGAGACGAUCUACCUUGGAGGCUACACUGUUCAAAUGACUUAUGCUGUGGGUACUCCCGUCCGAACUGCCAUCAACCACGCUUGGGGAGAGGCCCAGAAGUACGAAUCAAUUGCUGCCACCUGCAUUCUGGUCCUGGCCAUUCCUUCCAUCGCCAUCUGGAAGAACUGGAAUGUCGACAAGAAGCAGAACAAGGGUACUGUCAUCUAAAUGUCAGCUGCACACUUCUGCUAUACAUAUACCCCCCAAUUGCAAGGACAAUAUCGCUAUGCCCAAUGUAAAGAGAACCCGUUCAUUGCGGUCCUUUGUCCGUGGCAGCCAUACUCAGAGGUUUCCGUCAAAUACCUGUUUCAUAGUUGUCCGAAUUUCUGUAUUAUAGACCAUUAAUCUAAUGCAGCUUU